AUGGUCAACACAGGCAAAAUCGACUCUGCUUUGUUCGCAUUUGGCCUUGUUGGCCGAUGUCUUGCGGACUACAACGGAACAACUCAGACAGUGACCUAUGUUCCCAUCGUCGAAGAAUACGCCGACUAUCUGUGGUUAUACAGUAACAUUGGCAUUUCGGCCAAACGCACCGCCAUCGAGACGACUGUGGAAGCGGCGUCCGUCAUUACCGCUGCAACCUCCAUCAUCAUCGCAGCCAACUCAGCCCUCGGCAUCUACGAGUGCAUUGCGGAUGUAAUCGAGAGCAAGCCAAAUUCGAAUUCCUGCUCGAUGCACAUUCUCUCAUGGAGGCACUUGGACUGGCCACUUGCGUCUUACUGCCGAGCCGAUUAA